AUGUCAAAAUCUCUGAAAGAGUUUCUACAAUGUCUAAAAAGUAAACUUUUCCAGGAGCAAUUCAAGCACGGCCCAGUGUAUAUAGUGUGUGGGAACUCAUCAGCAGAUCUUGAUUCGGUCGCCUCUGCCCUAACUUACGCAUAUUGCAGCUACAAUAACAACCCAAAACAUCCAAUAAUACCAAUAAUUGGUAUCCCUAGAUUGGAUUUGCACUUGAGAAGAGAUAUUGUUUGGGCGCUCGAGCGAAUGAAUAUAACUGAGGAUAUGUUGUUCUUUUUAGAAGAUUUACAACACCUUAAAAAUGAGUACGGAUUAUUGCAUGCUGUCCUUGUAGAUCAUAACCAGCUUGAGUCUGGAGUAAGACCGUAUGUUGAAAAAGUAACUGGAAUCAUUGAUCAUCAUAAGGACGAACAUCUUUAUCCAAGUGCCGACCCCAGAGAGAUUACCAAAACGGGAAGCUGUUCUUCGUUAGUCUUCAAUUAUUGGAACCAGAAACUUGCAAAUCCAUACUCGCUCAAAGAAGUAGCAUGCCUGUCACUCGGGGCAGCCCUCAUUGAUACUUCAAACUUUAAAUAUAAGGUUGAGCAGUCUGACAUAGACGCAUCACACCUUUACUCGAAGCUACUGCUAAAUAUGAACGAAGCUCAGUACUAUGAAAAAUUGAGACAGGAAAAGGACAACCUUAAAGGGUUUACUAUACAGGAUAUUUUAAGGAAGGACUAUAAAGAGUUUUUGUUUGAGACGUCAGAAAACAACAAACUGAGAGUUGGCAUUGCAUCGGUCGUUAAACCAUUGGAAUGGUUCCAUAGUACUUUCAAAGGAGAGGAGUGUUUUGAAAAGGCGUGCUCAUCUGCCGAGAGAAAGCACGAGGUGGAUAUAUUCCUGGUUUUGACUGCCUGGGUCAACAACGGAGAAUUUAAAAGAGAACUGGCGCUAACGUCAACAUCCGUUGACAAAGAAAGUCUGCUUGAAAUUCUCAAAUAUCUCCGUAAUAAACUGCAACUGGAAUUAAUCAGGCAAGAGUCAGACGGUCCUCACUUUUUUUCGUUCAGACAACUAGAUGUGGCUGCAAGCAGAAAGCAAGUAGCCCCAACUUUGAAGGAUGCCAUUAAGUUUAUUCAAUUACCAUAG